AUGGGUAAAGCUCAAAAGAAACAUGGUAAAGGUCGUUUAGAUCACUACUACCGUUUAGCGAAGGAGAAGGGAUAUAGAGCCCGUUCUUCGUUCAAAAUCAUUCAGAUUAACGAGAAGUUUGGCCACUUUUUGGAAAAGUCAAAGGUAGUUAUCGAUUUGUGUGCUGCUCCUGGUUCAUGGUGUCAAGUAGCGUCCAACUUGUGUCCUAUCAACUCACUUAUCAUUGGUGUUGAUUUGGCACCAAUCAAGCCUCUUCCCAAUGUGAUUACUUUCCAGAGUGAUAUUACUACUGAACACUGUAGAACACAGCUCCGAGGUCAUAUGAAGACAUGGAAAGCAGAUGCUGUAUUACACGAUGGUGCUCCUAAUGUCGGUAUGGCAUGGACUCAGGAUGCGUUCACCCAGUCGGAGCUGGUGCUCCAAUCUCUGAAGCUGGCUGUGGAGUUUCUUAUCCAAGGAGGUACCUUUGUCACGAAAGUUUUUAGAUCCAAGGAUUAUAAUAACUUGAUGUGGGUAUUCCAACAGUUUUUUGACAAGGUCGAGGCCACCAAACCUCCUUCGUCAAGAAAUGUAUCAGCCGAAAUCUUCGUUGUUUGCAGAGGCUUUAAAGCACCUAAAAAGAUUGACCCCAAAUUAUUAGACUCUAAGCAUGUUUUCGAGGAGUUGCAAGAUCCUACACCCAACUACCAAGCCAAAGUUUUCAACCCCGAGUUGAAGAGACGUAAGAGAGACGGUUAUGAAGAGGGUGAUUACACACAGUAUCAUACCAUGUCGGCACUGGAGUUUAUCAAGCACGAGGACCCUAUCCAGUGUCUGGGUGGUAUGUCAGCAUUCAGUUUUGACCACCACGAAGAGCCCGAGCUCAAACAAGUUAAAAAGCUGCCACAAACUACUGAUGAGCUUUUAGAAUGUUUCAAGGAUCUCAAGGUCCUUGGUAAGAAAGACUUCCGAAUGAUUCUUAAAUGGAGAUUGGCUGCUAGAGAUUUGCUUGGAAUAGAUGUUAAAGAAGAGAAGACUGAGGAAGAGGCCGAACCUCUGACCGAGGAAGAACGCAUUGAAAAAGAGCUACAAGAGCUUCAAGAUCAGGAAAGACUGCGGAAAAAGAGAGAAAAGAGAAAUGCCAACGAGCGCAAGCAAAAGGAAAUUACAAGAUUGCAAAUGAACAUGAUGACUCCUGGAGAUAUUGGUAUUGAUGCUGGUUCACAAGGCCAGUCAUUGUUCAAUCUCAAGCACGCUGAGAAGACUGGUAAACUGUCGGAUCUUAUCAAGGGUAAAAAGAGCAUGGUAUUCAAUAACGGCGGUGCUGAUGAUGAGGUUGAUAUGGGCGAUGCCAAGGAGUCUGCUAAUGGCAAUGGCUAUGAAGACUAUGACAGUGACGAUGCUGCUGAUAACCUGGAUGCUCAGUUGGAUGAUAUGUAUAUCGACUAUAAAAAGCGCAAGGCCGAGCGUGAUGCCAAGUACCAGGCCAAGAUGGCCCGAGAGAAUGGUGAUGACGAGUGGGAUGGUUUUGAAGAGAAGCAAAAUAACAGCGAUUCGGAUUCGGAUGUGCUAGAAGCUGAGGACAGCGAUAGCGACAGUGACAGUGAUGGAGAUGAGAGCAUUAACAAGCUCAUCAACACGCUGAGGCCAAGCAAAGUAGGCGAUCUCAGUCGCAAGGCCGCAGUCUUUUUCGACAACCCACUAUUCAAGUCUUUGGACGUCGACAGUCCUGUUUCCACUAACACAUCGACCAAUGUGACCAAUGUCAAGACCAAUGGCAAAGUCAACGGAAUUACCAAUGGCAAAGCUAACGGAAGUACCAACGGAAAAGUUAACGGAACUACUAAUGGUAGCAGCAACAGUGCCACUGAACUGGAAUCAGAUGACGGAUCUGAGUCUGACUCGGAUUUCGAGGUUGUUGCCAGAGAACCCGAGUCGGAUGAUGACGAGGAGAAUGAGUGGGAUACCGAGAAAGACAAGCGUGAGGAGCCAUAUGUGGAUAUUGUGACAGCUCAAGCCAUGACCCUGGCACACCAAUUGGCGCUUGGACAGAAGUCGAAGCAUUCGCUUAUCGACGAAGGAUAUAACAGAUACACCUUCCGAGAUAAGGAUGGACUACCUGACUGGUUCCUGGAUGACGAAUCCAAACACAGCAAACUUCAAAAGCCUAUUACUAAAGAAGCAGCCGAGGCUAUCAAAGAGAAACUAAAGGCCAUGAACGCCAGACCCAUUAAAAAGGUCGCUGAAGCACAAGCUCGUAAGAAAUAUAAGGCCCAUCAGAAGCUGGAGAAGAUCCGCAAGAAGACCGAUCUUAUCAACGAAGACGAUUCCAAAUCCGAAAAGGAAAAGUCCGAAGAUAUCGCCAAACUCAUGCGCAAGCUGACCAAAAAGAAGUCGGACAAACCCAAGGUGACAGUCAUUGCUGCCAAGGGUGCCAACAGAGGUCUACAAGGCCGACCCAAGGGCGUCAAGGGCAAAUACAAGAUGGUCGACGGAACCCUCAAAAAGGAACAACGUGCAUUGAACAGAAUCCAAAAGAAGAUGAAAAAGAAGAAGCAUUGA